UCAGAAACAAAACAACUAAACUCGUGGUAAAAUUGUUAUUUAUUUAUUUUUCGCAAAAUCUCUGUGAUUUAAAAAUUUGUGCAAGUGAAUAUUGAAAUUAAAUUUAAAUGAGCAAUAUAUAAGCUAUUAAAAAUAUCUGUAAGGUUUUGAAAAGACGUAAAAAAUGCUUUUGUAAGAAUUGAAUAAUGGCGAUGUUCUCCAAUUUAUUGACAACUAAUUUCUUAGUUCCGUCUUUGAUUCAAUGUGUAAAGAAUAGCAAUAGAUUCUUUGCAAAAACAAUCUUAGGGUCACUGACUGGUAAAAGUGGUAAAGUAUUAGGUGGCGCAUUUGACAAGAAGAAACCUCUUCCAGUUGAAACAGAUCCUCAAAAGCUAGUUAACUAUUGCUGUGGAUGCAAUAUUAACAAGGAAGGGGAAGAUCCCAAGUUAUUAGAAGAUUCCGAAUACCCAGAAUGGUUGUGGACUUUAAGGCCUGGCCCACCUCCUCCGCUUGAAGAAAUGGAUCCAAACACCAAAGAGUAUUGGGAACGUCUCUUCUUCCUACAACGUAUACGAGGUCUGCGCCUCAAGCGUGCAAAGAUAAAGAAAAAACUUUUUGUUAAUGAAGAGGACAAAAUAUAUAAAUUAAGAAAACUGCGAUUCAGAGCACUCGCUCAUAAAUAUUCUGCUGGUUAUGAUAAACCUCCUAAAUGGGACAAGGAUGGCUGGAGAAUUAUCAAAAUGGAAUAGAAUGUUUAUUUAAUUUGUUUACUUAAGAUUUUGUACUAGUUAGUUACGAAUAAAAAUUGUUGAUUAAA